GGUCUAGGGCAUUCUCGACCACGCAGGGAAAAUAUACUGCCACUCAGCGUUGGCUUCUAACGUCAGCCUUCGAGGCAUGUUUAGUUCCGUCUCCAGGCUAGCCAUCGUUUACACCUCUUUCACCUACAUGGAUUGCUUCACGGGAUCAGACUAUUUGUGCCAGAAUCACCGCUGCAUCCCAGCGCAGUUGCACUGUGAUGGCUUUGACCACUGCGGUGACAAUAGUGAUGAACCCGACACUUGCACAAGAGGUCAGUUGUAAUAUAGUUGUUUGGUAAUGGAAAUAAUUCAGAGUUCCUGAAGUGAUCUUUUCUUAUCUGUAACUAUCAAAUUCUUCACCUGAGAAGGCCUAAUUGCAAUCUGGGUUAUUCAUACACAUCUGAAUAGUUCACAACAGUCCUACUCACAAAGUUAAUAAGUGAACCGACCACAAGUAUACUUAAAUAAUUUUUUAAUGGAUACGUUUUAGCAAAACAAUAUUGCUUACACUUCCAAUGCAUAACAGAUAUAAUGAAAACAAAACACGGGUUUCUCUUCUCAGCAUCUGGAAUUAGUUUACUACAAUCAACAAAUCCUAUGAAGAUGGCUCUCGAGCAAUGUAUGUGCUGUAAGAUAUACUAUUGGUUUAGUAAAAAGCAGUCUCCAAGCCAAUAACUUCCUGCAUCCUCCUGAAUUAGUAAUAAAGGCCAUGGCCAUGCAAGCUCCUUCAUCUGUGAGUACUACAUUUGAAUAUAUUUCCAAAGCUUCUAUUUCUUGACUCAGCGUUUCAUAUAACUUUCCAAGAGACUAAUGAUUGGCUUUGGAGCAAAAGUGUACUUCCUUCUUGUAAGAUGAUUUGUAAUCUAGAUCUCUCCAAACAUUCACCUCUAGACGUUCAAUGCAAUCAAAUCUUAAAUGGGACUCUCACAUUGUAAAUGUUUGUAAAAAGAUUUCUAAAUGUACUUUUAUGAUUAGAAGACUUAAAUUAUAUGUAAAUUUAGAUAUAUUGAUGUCUGUUUAUUAUGCAUACAUUCAAAGCCAUUUGUCAUAUGGAAUAAUUGUUUGGGGCUGUGAUAAUAAUGUAAAAAAAGCUUUUAAUUUUGCAAAAGAGAGUUUUAAGAAUUAUAUGUGGUGUUAGCUGUAGAACUCAUUGUAAGCCUCUAUUUAAAAGUCUGGGUGUUCUUACUGUCCCUUCGUUGUAUCUGUUGAAUUUGUUAAUGUAUAUUAGGGCUAACUUAGAUCUAAUUCCUACUAACAGCUCAGUUCAUGAUUAUUUUACUAGACAGAGUAACUUUCUUAGAGUUAGGCAAUGUAAUUAUCACACAACAAUUAAAUCGACAUUUGAAUUAGGUAAGAAAAUUUAUAAUAUGUUACCAUAUGAAAUAAAAUGUCUAGAUGAUAAAAAAUUUAAAUUUAAGUUAAAAUUACUGUUGAUAGAGCUAAGUGUAUAUGACAUUAAGGAAUUUAUUGAAUUUUGCAGCCUAUCUCAAAAUGUAUGAAUCUAAAUGUU